AUGCAGUACAUUCUCAUAGCAAAACUUUCAAGUUCCAGAAACGACGAUUUCAUCGAGAUAAUACAGAAAAAAGUCACUAUCCUCUUGGAACAAAUACAAUUGGAAAUCAAUAAAAACGUCAAAGAACCAAUAGAUAUCUUGCAUUUGACGUCGAAGUAUUCCUUGGACGUCGUCUGCGAAAAUGUUCUGGGCGUGGAUUUGGAUUGCCAACGAGUGCCGUUCAAUCCAUACGUCGAAGCGCUGCAAAAAUUAUGCAACGUCUCGAUAGAUAGAUAUUACGAAUUCCUGAUGAAAUGGGAUUAUUUGUUUUACAAAACUGCGAAAGGCCGAGAAUUGAUGACCGCCAUCGAUAUAAUUCGCGAAUUUACCGAAGAGAUAAUAAAACAACGGAUAAGCCUGCGAAAAAAUACCGAGGAAAAACCAAAGUGUAAGUCAUUUUUGGACGCUCUGUUGGACGUUUACGAGGAAUUCAAGUACGAAUCGACGGUGACGAUUGAACAAAUACGCGAAGAAUUAGACGCGUACAUUUUUUCGGCUUACAGCACGACAUCCGUGGCGAUAAGCUGGGCUUUGUUCGCCCUCGGCAAUGCCCAGAAAGCUCAGGCGCGAGUCAGCGCGGAGAUGCGCGAAGCGGCCGAGUCGACGAGCUCGAAGCCCGCGUCGAUUCGCCAGCUGCUCGACCUCAAGUAUCUCGACAGGGUGGCCAAGGAGGUUCUCCGACUGUAUCCCAGCGUGCCGACCGUCGGUCGCUGCCUGGAAAAGGAUCUCGUCCUCGAUUUCUACUUCAUACCCAAGGGAACUCAGGUGGAUCUGCACGUGUACCAGCUGCAUCACGAUCCGGACGUCUGGGACGAUCCGGAGCGCUUCGAGCCGGACCGAUUUCUGCCGGAGAACUGCAACGUCAGGCACAGUCACGCGUACGCGCCGUUCGCCGACGGGCCCCGUGCCUGUCUGGGCCGCGAUCAGGCACUGCUCGAGAUGAAGCUCGUGCUGUCGGCGCUGCUGGCCAAGUGGAGGGUCUACAGCUGUCUGCGCCCGGCCGAGAUGAAAUUGAGGGCCGAUUUCAAUCUGAGGCCCGCCGACGACAAGAUAAACAUGUACUUUUUCCCCGUGGACAGGAUUGCAGAGAGACGAUGA